GCGCGCGCGUGUUGUGGUCGGUAGAGUUGUUGCGGGUCGGGUAGGAGAGUUCAGUGCAGAGAGCGGCACCGGCGGUUCGGUUCGGUUCUGUAUGGCCCCUGGUGUUUGCAUGUGGUCCGGCUGCGCUGUAUUGAAGACUGAAGCGGAGAUGAAGCCGCGCGCGCCGCUGCCUUUUAGCGUGGAGGCGCUGAUGGCGGACCGAACCCCAAGCGGACCCGCGCGCGCCGCCGCCGGAACCUCCGCGAGCCCCAUGACGGACGGCGGAGCCGCGCACGCUGUCGGGGGGAUUAGGGACCAGGUUAAAGCGGAGAGUCCCGAGCGGAGCUCCUGGAUCCAGAGCGCGCGCUUCGCCCCCACACCUCCCAGGCGGUUGAGUCCGCCGGCGUGCCCCCUGCGGAAACACAAGACCAACCGGAAGCCUCGCACCCCGUUCACCACGGCGCAGCUGCUGGCGCUGGAGAGGAAGUUCCGGCAGAAGCAGUACCUCUCCAUCGCCGAGCGCGCCGAGUUCUCCAGCUCCCUCAGCCUCACCGAGACCCAGGUGAAGAUCUGGUUCCAGAACCGACGUGCCAAAGCCAAGCGUCUGCAGGAGGCGGAGCUGGAGAAGCUAAAGAUGGCGGCCAAACCCAUGCUGCCCCCCGCCUUCGGCAUCUCCUUCCCUCUCGGGGCUCACAUGCCCGGGUCUUACGGGGGCACGCACCCGUUCCAGAGGCACGCCGUACCCGCGCCGCCCCCAGGACUUUAUGCGGCACAUGUGGGAUACAGCAUGUACCACUUAGCGUAGAGACUGACGCCUACAGAGACUGGCACGCUCAUCCAGGGCACAGCGCCAGAGUGGAACAGGGUGCCCGUGGUGCCCACGCAGCACAUGUGAUUUACCACAUGCACCACUUAGUACAAAGACCGCACCUCAAACCCUGAAGCUCACGUGCCAUAUUGCACCAAAAUCUCAUGUUCAAUCACCCUCCAAAAUCUUACGUACCAUCACUCUCCAAAAUCUCAUUUUCCAUGAUCUGCCAAAAUCUUACGUGCCAUCACCCUCUAAAAUCUCACGUGCUGUGGUCCACCAAAAUCUCACAUCUUACGGCCUCUGUACCCACAGUGCUUUGUGCCGGAUCAACAGCAGAACUCCAGAUCUGAACUGUAGAAGCUCAAUCUAUUUACUGUUUGGAUUCAGAUCGGUGCGGUUCUGCGUGAGAGAGCUCCGGGUUCCUCAGCAGAACCGGUAUAUGGUGGAAGAACCCAUGUGGCGCAGUUCUGAUCUUCCCUUCGUGAGGAAGUUUCUGUAUUAUAGUGUAAAUUUAAAUAUUACCUUUAUAUACUGAUUAUAUUUCUGAAUAAAUUAACAAUCAACUCUU